UACAACUUCCUGCUUCUGGGGAAGGUGCCCUGCCUUCUCUCACAGUCGUCUCCAGCGGUCCUGGGAAGCUUUGCAAAGUAGCAUGUGCUACCUCCGAACACAGGAAUGGUGCCUGGUCCUGCCGCUGCUGCUCCUGCCUCUGAUAAUGGGACUUCAAGAUGAUUCACCACUAGAGAAAAAUGCUCCAACUGGCAGCAACAUAACCCUGAACGUCCUCAAGAAAGAUCUUGGAUCCUACACACGUCUCACCUGGCUUCACACUACCAAACAGAAGAUUAUAGAAUAUGAAUAUAAUGAUACAGAAACUAUCUACGAUUCUGUAUUUAAGGGCAGGGUCAAACUUGACCAUACAAGUGGUGAACUUCAUAUCUCUAAUGUUCGGAAAGAAGACAAAGGUCUCUACUACAUGAGAGUGUUCAGUGAAACUGAGAAAGAGUACACGAUAACCCUGAAUGUAUUUGAUCCUGUGUCCAAGCCGUCCAUAAGUUUUGAGAGGACUGAAGAUUCGGCUGAGUCUUGUCAUUUGAAGCUAUCAUGUAAUGCAGAGGGACAGAAUGUUACCUACACUUGGUAUGACAACACGAGGCCCCUCCCCAAAGAGGGUCAAGGGUAUGUGCUUGACCUCAUCAUCACUCCCCAGAACUGGUCUGCAUCAUACACCUGCCAAGUCAGCAACCCUGUAAACAGCAAAAACGACACAAAAUACUUCACUUCGUUUUGUAAAGCCAAAUCCUCUGGAGUACUUAGGACCACUUGGCUGGUGGUCAUGGUACCCAUCAUUUAUGCCUUCCUGCUGACCUGAGAUGAACUCUUCUCACUCAAGAAUGAAACUACGAGGCCACAAGACUCUGCCUUUAUCACCAGCAGUACUCCUAACCAGGAAAGCAGCUCUGACUCUAUGGGACAGAAGAAAUUGUGUUGUUGAACAUUUGUGAGGAUUUGCAUUUUCUUACCAUCCCAGUGUUAAGUCCAGGGCUUUGUGCAUGCUACAAAAGUUCUGUGCCUCUGACCCAUGUGUCCAUCCCUUUACAAAGAUUUUAUAAUAACCUUUUAAAAAUUGUGGUUAAUAUCUAAUUUUAUAUACCCUAUUUGUUUUCCAACAUUCAUUAAAGAUAGAUUUUUUCACCGAAAUAUAUAACUACAUUAUGUUAAUGUUGUUGGUUUUUUCUUUCUUUUUUUAAUCAAUUCUUUUCUUGUACAAUAUAUCUUAAUUACAGUUUCCCCUCCCUCUAAUUCUCCCAGUUCAUCACUACUUCUAAGAAGUAACAACAAAAUAAAACAAAAUAUAAUAUAAUAAGCUAAAACAAAAACCAUCACAUUGAAGUUGGACAAGGCAACCCCCAAAAAGGAAAAGAGCCCCGAGCUCACACACAAGGAUCAGAGACCCUUGCCAGGUGGUGGUGGCACACACCUUUAAUCCCAGCAUGUGGGAGGCAGAGGUAGGCAGAUCUCUGUGAGUUCGAGACCAGCCUGGGCUACAGAGUGAGUUCCAGGAAAGGUGCUAAAGCUACAUACACAGAGACCCUGUCUCAGAAAAAAAAAAAAAAAAUGAACCAGAGAUCCACUCAUUCACACACUCAGGAGUCCCAUUAAAAAUGCUAAACUAAAGCUAUAAUGCAUAUGCAAAGGACCUGAUAAAGACCUGCUCUUGGCAACAUCCUGGGUUGUUUGUGGAUUUCCAUUUAACCUUUUUGGCCAACAACUCAAUUGGUUGUAACCCAGACCAGGUACUGGAAUCUUCAUUUGAAGACAAGAGAUGGCCAAUUGGGACUCCAUCUUACUAAUUAUUUGGAGACUUCAUUGUGGUGGUAUUGUGUUCCACAAAAUAUUGUGCACCCUAAUAAACUUAUCUGGGGUCAGAGAACAGAACAGCCACUAGAUACA